AUUCUCUCCCGCGUCGUACAUCUAUCCGUUAGCCCUAUCUCUUUCCUCCUCUUUCUCUCUCCUCUGUAAUUCUUCCCUUCCGUCAGAGGAGAAGGAGAAGAAGAAGAAGAAGAAGAAAAGAGGAGAAUAGAGCAGGAAGUAGAGAGCUGGAAAGUAUUGAAUAAGGGAAAGCGGAGGUUUUUUUUUUUUUUUUUGGGGGAAGGAAUGGGGAAAUUAUUCUGUGAUUCAACGACUAUUGCGGGGACUUUUCAAACUACAUCGCCGACGGUGCCGUGGAGGGACCCACAGUCACCGGAUUUAGAGGCCGUGGAUCUUUUUGAUCAGGCGAAGGUGGUAACCACGGCUGCAACGUGGGAUGACGUGGUUGGCCUAGAGGACCAGCAGAGACGGCAGCUGCAGAAGCUACACGCGAAGGGGGUGCUGUGGAAGCAGCCAGGGGAUCACGGCUCCUCGGUCGUGUUCCGGCUGUCGCAUGGAGGUGAGGUGUCCUCCGACGGGAACUGCCUCUUCACGGCUUCGCAGAGGGCUAUGGCGCGUGAUGUCGACGCGCCGGAGCUCCGAAGGCGGACGGUGAAGCGGUUCUUGGAGGAUCUUGGAUCUGCUAGCGAGGAACGGAGAGAAGGGAUUACUGAUGCAAUUAGGCAUAUGUACUCGCCGGAUCUGAGGAGCGGAUGGGGUGUUCAUGUGGUUCAAGAGGUUAAGUUGUUGGCCAAAAAGGAGGAUCGCAUUGCCUUGGACUCCGCGAUUGAUGAACUCGUUCAGCUAGGAAUGCAGAGAGAAAUGGCGGCAGAGUCUAUAUACAAAGAGAGAUGUAUUCCAGUGAAUGAUGGCCCGAGCUGGGCCAAAUACAUGUCCAUCUCUGGUUCACCUGAUGAUGAUGAAUAUGAUAUCAUCACUUUGCAGUAUACCGAGGAGGGUUUGUUAUCAGUUGAUGAGAAUAGAGGAGGUCAUGCUGCAGCUUUUGGUGAUGAUAUAGCCAUAGAGUGUCUCGCAACGGAGUUCAAGCGACAGAUAUAUGUGGUGCAAGCACAUGGAUCAGAUGCAAUGGUUGAGGAAGAAAAUUGUGUUUUCUUCCUUCCACAUCAUCCAAGGAGUGAAAUUUGCGAACCUCCCUUCUUUUUGUUUAUGAAAGGAACAGGUUGGUGUGGUGCUGGAGCUGAUCAUUAUGAACCUUUAAUUGCCCAUCCUUCUUCUCUCAAUUCCAAUGAGAAGGUUGCUUUUGUACUCUGAGGGCACAAGCCAACAGUUUUGUGGCUUAGGGAUCAAAUGGUAGAAGUAGUUCACAUUUUUUCUCUCUCCAAUGUCUAGAUGCAAGAAUUUCAUUGCAUAUAAUUCAUUUUUUCUCUUAAAUAUUAUCUACAAAUGGGUCAUGAGACUACAACCCGCAGGUUUCAUGUCUGCCCUCGAGCAAUCCCGUAGUGGGAUUUUGUAGUGGUUUUCGCCGGCUUCUUUUGUUGCUGUGUUUGCUGAGUUGAGGAUUCUUGUCUAGAACUGGAAUAGAACAUCCUGUUGUAUCUUAGCAUGAACUCUGUAUCAACUAUCGAGUUCUAUUCAAUGAUCAAAAUUCUUUCUUUGGGUCGCAUUUCCUGUCUUAUACAUGAUCAAUCUCAAGCCUCAAUCAAAUUUUCAUUCUUGC